UUUUAGCUUAUUUAUUUUAGAUUCUAGCCUUUUUUUAAUCUACUUUAAAUUGACUCUGAAAUUCUGUCAGCACUGGAUACCAGAUGGGGCAAAGUACCAAGUCAUAUGUAGUUUCGUAGCAGUCAGCUUUUGACUGAGAUCCCACUUUUGUUAUUUAAUUGUUAUUUAAAGGAACUUUCAAUUAAAAUUGACAAAAAUGCUGCUGCGUAAAUUGCUAAACGUUCGCUGUGGCUACCUGGCACGCCGCUGGGCCAGCUCCGAUCCCCUCAGCCUUCAAAACGAGAAGCUGCAAUCGUAUUUGGAGUCACUGCGCCAGGAGUACUAUGGCCUGCGUGUGAAUGCAACCGGCAAUAGCAGAGCAUAUGAACGGCUCUCCCAGCUAGAGGGAGUGGUUAAUGCCCUGGAACAGAGGCGUGUUCUGGAGCGCAACAUUACCAGUGCCAAGGACAUCGAGCAGGAGAAGGAUAAGGAUAUGCGAAAGCUGAUGGAGGAGGAGAACGAGGUCUACGCGGAUCUGUUGAGCAAGCAGGAGCAGACAAUGCUGCAAGAGCUGCUCGCCAUAGCCGACGACGAGGUCUAUCCGGCGCUUAUAUUUGGAGUGAAUGCCGGAGCUGGCGGUCAGGAGGCCAUGCUGUUUGCCCAGGAGCUCUACGAGAUGUAUACCAGCUAUUUUGAGCACAUGGGCUGGGACUACGAGGAGUUUGCCCGCGAGACGACCGACAUAGGUGGCCUGAGGCAUGCCAACGUCAUGGUCAAUGGUGUUGACGCCUUCCAGUGGCUUCGCUUUGAGGCGGGCGUCCAUCGGGUGCAGCGUGUCCCUGCCACAGAGAAGUCCGGACGGAUGCACACCAGCACGGCCUCCAUAACUGUGAUUCCCCGACCCGCCGAUGUCCAUGUUCACAUAGCUGAAAAGGAUCUGAAAAUCGAGACGAAGCGAGCCAGUGGAGCGGGCGGUCAGCAUGUGAAUACCACCGACUCGGCUGUGAGAAUUGUCCACCUGCCCACUGGCCUGGCCGUGGAGGCGCAAUCGGAGCGAUCCCAGCUGAAGAACCGCGAGCUGGCGCUGAAGCGUCUUCAGGCGCGACUCGUCCAGCAGCAGCUGGAGAGCUCAGAGGCCAGCAAGCAGGCCACAAAGAAGGCGCAGCAGGGCAGCCUCAACAGGAACGAAAAGAUUCGCACAUACAAUUUUGUACAGGAUCGGGUCACAGACCAUAGGAUUCAAGGCGGAACACUUCACAAUCUGGAUGGGUUCCUGAAGGGGGGCGAGCCGCUCACUGGACUGGUGGAGAAGCUUCAGCUGGAGCACCGAAGAGCCCGGCUCAGAGACCUCUUAGAGGCGUGGCAGCCGUCCCGGGAGCCAGCUAAAAAAGAAAAACCAUAAUUCAACUAUAAUCCAACUCUGGCCCAAUCAGCCGCACUGCCGAUGUGCAGGAGAUGCUCCCUGACAGCCGCCUCCAGAAUGUCGCGAAUCUCCCGACAGCCAGCCAUUGCAGUCUCGAUGACUGUUUCCAGAUGGUCAAUGUGAAAGCGUUCACUCAUCUCCAGAAAGGCAAUCUUCUGGGCCGUGGGCAGGGCAGCCACUGUGAGCAUGGGUCCGCCGGAAACCUCUUCAGUGUGCGAGAUGUCUGUUAGGGGAAUGCUGUUUUUGCUCAGCGAGGCCGUGCAGGCCAC